AUGCUACCCCUCCCAGCCUCCCGAGCCCGCGAGCGGGCCGGGCCCCUCGAGCCGGCCGCGGGAGGUGGCUUCCACGGUCUUCGAGAGGCGAGCGGAAAGGUCCGCGGAGGCUCGCAGGUCUGGCUGCGGGCGGCGCCGGGGGACCGAGCCGAGUGUCAUUUGAGUCUUUUGUCAGGGAUCAGAUCGGUAUCGGGACCUCCUGCUGCCUUUGCAUUUCCUGCAACUGACACCAGCGGCCAGUUGCAUUUCCUGCGCGCGGAGCCGUGUCACUUUCUCCUCCUUGAGGGGUUCAGGCCUGGCCUCAAGCUCAGCCGGCCCUCCUUCAGUGUCGCGGAGCUGGGGCAGAGGGACCCGCAGCGACCCGGCUGGAGAGUGGAUGAGACACGACUUCUCAGACUCCAGGCGCCUCUCUCCUUUUAUGCCCCGACCCCUUUUUCCUUGGGGGAGGGUAUCCUGCGGGUACUUCCACCCCGCCCGGAGAGGCAAAAGCUCCCUGGUCCCCGCUUCGUACCCGCAUCCUUGCCUCUCCAACCCCCGGGUCCUUCAGCCGCCCAGGCCCUCGACCCGCACUACAUCAGCCCCGCGGGCGGCUGGUGGCGGCGCUGCGAGCGCUGCGCGGCGCGAGGAGAUGCGACUGGGCUCCGCGCCGCCGGCAUCAUGCGCCCCCCGCCCGCGCUGGCCCUGGCCGCGCUCUGCCUGCUGGCGCUGCCCGCCGCCGCCGCCGCCGCCUACUUCGGCCUGACCGGGCGGGAGGUCCUGACGCCCUUCCCCGGGCUGGGUACUGCUGCCCCGGCACAGGGUGGGGCCCACCUGAAGCAGUGCGACCUCCUGAAGUUGUCCCGCCGGCAGAAGCAGCUCUGCCGGCGGGAGCCAGGCCUGGCUGAGACCCUGCAGGACGCCGCACACCUCAGCCUGCUCGAGUGCCAGUUUCAGUUCCGGCAUGAGCGCUGGAACUGCAGCCUGGAGGGGAGGACGGUGCUGCUCAAGAGAGGUUUCAAGGAGACGGCCUUCCUAUAUGCAGUGUCUGCGGCCGCCCUCACGCACACUCUGGCCCGGGCCUGCAGCGCUGGCCGCAUGGAGCGGUGCACCUGUGAUGACUCCCCGGGCCUCGAGAGCCGGCAGGCCUGGCAGUGGGGCGUGUGUGGCGACAACCUCAAGUACAGCACCAAGUUCCUGAACAAUUUCCUGGGGCCCAAGAGAGGAAGCAAAGACCUGCGGGCGCGGGUAGACGCCCACAACACCCACGUGGGCAUCAAGGCCGUGAAGAGUGGCCUCCGGACCACGUGUAAGUGCCACGGCGUGUCAGGCUCCUGCGCUGUGCGCACCUGCUGGAAGCAGCUGUCCCCGUUCCGCGAGACUGGCCAGGUGCUGAAGCUGCGCUACGACUCGGCCGUCAAGGUGUCCAGUGCCACCAACGAGGCCUUGGGCCGCCUGGAGCUGUGGGCACAGGCCAGACCAGGCAGCCCCACCAAGGGCCCGGCGCCGCGGCCUGGGGACCUGGUCUACAUGGAGGACUCCCCCAGUUUCUGCCGGCCCAGCAAGUACUCGCCUGGCACAGGAGGCAGGCUGUGCUCCCGCGAGGCCAGCUGCAGCAGCCUGUGCUGCGGGCGGGGCUACGACACCCAGAGCCGCCUGGCGGCCUUCUCCUGCCAUUGCCAGGUGCAGUGGUGCUGCUACGUGGAGUGCCAGCAGUGUGUGCGGGAGGAGCUAGUGUACACCUGUAAGCACUAG